ACGUCUUCCUCUCGAGUUCAAAUGCUUUAGAUUACACGAAUUGGAUAUGGUUGCGAUGCGAAUUCUUCUCCUACCCAUCCGCGUCUCGGAAUCCUUCUCCUCGUCUAGUUCGGAUCCUCGAACUGCCCUCAUAAGUCGCCCCCUCGCAGCUCCGAUCUCUCAGCUCCGUGUGAUUGCAAUCGAUCAGUGAAGGGUGAUCCGCCAGCCGCCGCCGCCGCCGCGGGCGACUCAUCAGCCAGAACGACGGGAUGUUUUCCCGAAUUCUCGAGGGCUUCGGAUACAAUGGAGAGAAAAGGUUCGAGCAGACGUACCGCUGCUGCUCGCCAGCGACCAUUAACAAGCCGCACCUGGAAAGCGGGGACAAGGUGAUCAUGCCGGCGUCGGCGCUGCACCGCCUCACCUCCCUCGACGUCGAGUUCCCGAUGCUGUUCGAGCUCUCGCGCCACAGCAGCUACGCCGCCGCUGCCGCCGGCGCCGCUCGCCGGGUCUCCCACUGCGGCGUGCUGGAGUUCGUGGCGGAGGACGGCGUGGUGGUCAUCCCGGGGUGGAUGAUGCGCAACAUGGGCGUCAGGGAGGGCGACCUCGUCGGCGUCAAGAGCGUCAGCCUCCCCAAGGGCACCUACGUGAAGCUGCAGCCUCACACCGGCGACUUCCUCGACACGGCCAACCCCAAGGCCGUCCUGGAGAAGACGCUGAGGAACUUCACCUGCCUGACCACCGGCGACACUAUCAUGGUGGCUUACAACAACAACGAGUAUCACAUCGACAUCGUGGAGACGAAGCCGGCACCAGCUGUUUGCAUCAUCGACACGGAUUGUGAGGUGGAUUUUGCACCUCCUCUCGAUUACAGAGAACCUGAAAAAGUUGAGCGGCAGGAACCAUCAGUUCCUGCAAGCAAGGUGACUUCUGAAGCUAAAGAUGAUGCUGUCAAAGAUGAACCAAAAUUCAGAGCAUUCCCUGGCUUAGGGAAUCGGUUGGAUGGCAAGGCCUUAAAACCACAAGCAGCAAAAAUCCCUCCUCCUGCUGCUGCAAGUUCAGGCUCAAACAAGAAGGUGAAUCAGCAGACAGUGGCUCCUGCAUCUUCAGGAGCUAGCAACUCCACUACACGUCAGAAAAAAGGGAAGGUUGUUUUCGGUUCGAACACAAGCAGUAGCAAACAACCAGAAAAGGCUCCUGAUCGAGCUGAUCAACCUCCAAAGAAGGAGAAGCCCAAGUUCCAAGCAUUUUCUGGGAAAAGCUACUCAUUGAAAUGAAAUUAUAGCUGCUAUUAUUAGAUUAUUUUUGUUGAGAGAAUUAUUACAGUUAAAUUUUCUGAACCAUUCGUUUGUUUCUUACAUUGAGUUUCUGGUAGGCAUGUGUAUCUUUAUCAUUUUCAGAAAAAUGAAUUUUGAGGAUUACCUGGAACCUACUAUUUGCUUGAUCUUAUAUGGAGUUCUCUCGAUGUCAAGCAUAACUCAUUGCUAACCUAUGCUACCAACUCCCUACCUACAGAAAGAUUCCUACUGAAUCUACCCUCAACCAACCCGAUUCUGCAUUAGUUAAUUAUGAUCACGAAAAUGAGGUGAUGCACAUUUCUUGAUCUUGAUCUUUCUUCUCUAGGAGAUUUCAUUGCAGUGCUUAUAUGAGGAGGUUGAUUUGCUUCAUACUUCAUCAUCAUCAUCAUCAUUUCCAGUUUCAGAAAAUGGUUAUCUCAUCCAAGGGCAAAGUGUGUGUAACUGGGGCUUCAGGCUUCGUUGCUUCUUGGCUUAUCAAAAGGCUUCUCGAGGCUGGAUAUCAUGUGAUUGGAACUGUGAGAGACCCAGGUAAU